GCCCGACUUCCUUUUCUCAUCCUGGCCCUGUUCAAGCUGAUCGGACGAGAUUGAGAAUGGAGUCCAGAAAAGGGUCCCGUACGCGAAAUCACAAGACAUCCGAGAUAUGUGCGCAAUGUCGGAACCGCAAGGUGAGGUGCGAUGGCGAUCCUCAAGGUUGUAACAAUUGCAAAAGACUCAAGUUUAAUUGCUCUAUUCUGAUAUCAGCCUCCGACAACGGUGUCGAGGUACUAGAAAGGCGACGCGUAUCUAGGGCGUGUAUACCGUGUCGCGAUCGCAAACUGAAAUGCUCUGGCCGGAGACCGAAAUGUUCAAGAUGUUCGGAUCGGGGAACUUCUUGCCACUACCCUUCAGCCGCAAGGCCCGACAGAAAUGACUCUAGCCCGUCGCCUCAUGGUGGACUUGCCAUUGCGGUGGGAAGCACUCCGCCAGCUCCAGAUACCGAGCGCCAUGAAGCUCAACAGUCCCAAGUGUAUACACAACCGGGUGGCCAACCUUCUUCAGGCCCGAUGCCAAUGCCUCAGCAGACCUCACAACUGGACCUAGGAAUAAGCAAACAAACCGUCAAGCAACACAUCGAUGCCUACUUCGACCUGAUACACCCGAUACCCUGUUACGGAUUCCUCCACAGAGCAACCCUGCUGCAAUCAUGGUCAAAGAACGAACUAAACCCAUGCGUCCUAUCAGCGAUAUGCGGGAUCACAUCACGGUUCAUCAACCCAGGCAGCUCCGAGUAUCGAACUACGGCAAAGAAAUGGAUUGAAGACGCUGAAUCGCAACUCCUUCGCCAAUUGUCCCAGCCACGGCUAUCUGACAUGGAAGCAUGGCUUCUCGUGACACUAGACCACUACCUCUCACAGCGGGUCAGCAAGAUGCUUGUCUCAAUGGCUUUGACAUCAAGGCUUGCGUAUAUCCUGCGGCUGAAUCACGAGGAUCCACGGCAGAAGUUCCUGGUCCAGGAACGGCGGCGGCGAUUGAUGUGGGCUAUAUACAUCAUGGACUCGUUGUACUCGAGCGGAAAGACGGAGUUCACAGCCUGUACUCCAGAGACUCUUCAUAUCAGGCUACCAUGUACCGAAAAGUCGUUUUCGAUGGACGCUGCAGUCACAACAGUGCCGCUUCACUCGAGUCCACAUGAGGAUACAUCCGAUGUUGGACUGCUUGGUUACUGUAUUCGCGUUUUGGAUAUUCGCAAUCGCGUACAAAGACUUACCCUUACGAUCACAAAUCACCGAGAGCCUAUUGAACAAUGCCUACUCGCAGUGGAAUCCAUUGAGAACGAAUUGCGCCAAUUUUCGGCUGCUUUGCCUCUGCGAUACCAUUGGGACCCAGCAGCCUUCUCUCUGCGGGCUUUUUCGCCUUCGCGUACCCCAUUCCUGAUGCUGCAUGCCUGGUGGCAUCAGACACAUUGCGACCUCUUCCGAUUUACCAUCCCGGGGUUUCGGGAAGGUCUCCCAGCCGCUGAGAUACUACAGCUGUCACCAGAGUACACUUCAGCCUGUCGCGAAAAAUGCCUGUAUCACGCUAUAUCCGUAUCCAAGAUCCUUGAGGUCCCCAAAUCAGUUGGAGGAUCGGAGCUGAUCAGUGAUCCUUCAAUUGCGAUGUGCGCAUUCCAUUCUGCGCGGAUCAUCUCAAGGCUUGGACAAUACCCUAUGGGCGAUAUGCCACAGACUGAGCUUGUCGCCCGAUUGACAGCUUGUGCUGAAGCUUUGGAAGAGCAGGCAGCUAUUCUACCAACAACUGCGAUAUUGAAGAAGGGCAUUGGCGAUUUGGUAACCGAUGCCCAGCGCGAUCGCCAUGGACCUUAUGCUUGUCCUUCGAUCUGGGAAGAGGAAGAAUCUGAGAGCAACAGGGCCACAGCAGCUUCGAGGCCUCAAGGAGGGCAAUCCGAAGUGAGGGAGGUGUUCUCCAAGCACAGCGUGACUGAAACUGUUCAGAACCUCCAGUUUCAACCUGGCGAGGAGGACCAGCGGGUUUCUGUACAACCGACCUCUGAUGUGUCGUAUGGCAGCACGUCGAGAUCCGUAUCGGUGGGAGUGACGGUACACGACUCGGGAUUUAUGCCCAUGAACAUGCCAAUACUGCAGGGGUCAGCCAGUCAGGAUCACACGGACUUCGGCCUGUAUCUGGGUGAAAAUGACAGUCAAAUGGAUAGCUUGUUCAACUUUGGUCUUCACGGGCAAUACGGGUCCGGACAGCCUGAUGUAUUUAUGGACUCGUUCUGGCCGCUUGCCGAUAUAGAUUGGACCAUGCCAGAUGUUAGCGGUCUCUGAACUUGUGAACGCCAUCUUAUUAAUUAACUCUGUAC